AUACAAAGAGAAAUGAGAAAGGAGUGAACCCUAAAAGCCUGAAUAGAGAGAUAUAGAUAAUUGAGAUUGUUACAAGGAGCAAAGGAAGAAGUUAGCAUGGAAAAGAGCAAAAUAUUGAUAAUUGGGGUAACAGGAAGUUUGGGAUAUCAUUUAGCAGAAGCAAGUCUGAAAUUUUGUCAUCCAACGUUUGCUCUCGUCAGACACUCUGCAUUCUCUCACCCAAUCAAAGCCCAGAAACUUCACUCCCUCUCUCAAGGCGGAGCCACCCUUCUCACAGGUUCGAUGGAAGAUGAAACCGCCCUGGCGGAGGCUGUGAGGCUUGUAGAUGUGGUCAUUUGCGCCGUUUCAGCCCAACAAUGUCUGCAUCAAAAGCUCCUUAUCCGAGUUAUCAAACAACUUGGCUCUGUUAAGAGAUUCAUCCCAUCUGAAUUUGGAUCAGAUCCUACCAGGGCUCACGUGUCAGAGCUUGAUGAUUUGUAUAAUUUCUAUGCACCCAAAGUUGAAAUCCGUGGACUUGUGGAGGCUGAAGGCAUUCCAUACACUGUCAUCUCAUGCAAUUUUUUCAUGAAGAUUUUGCUUCCUUCUCUUGCUCAGCCAGGCUUAGAUGCUCCUCCAAGGGACAAGGUCACAGUAUAUGGUAAUGGGAAUACAAAAGGUUUCUUUGCAGGUGUCUUCAUGAAGGAAAGUGAUGUUGCUGCCUUCACUAUCAGUACAGUUGAUGAUCCUCGUACCUUAAAUAAAGUGUUGUAUUUGAGACCCCCAGAAAACGUUUGUUCUUUGAAUGAGCUGGUUGAAAUGUGGGAGAUUAAGAUUGGCAAGAAGCUUGAGAGAUUGCAUGUCUCUGAAGGAGAGUUGCUCCAGAAAAUAAAAGGAACUUCUUACCCUGCCAACUAUGAAUUGCUCUUCAUAUAUUCUGCUUUCAUAAAUGGAGAUCACACAUACUUUGAUAUUGAGCCACCCUCUGGUGUGAAUGGUACACAACUAUAUCCACAUGUGAAAUAUACCACAAUCAGUGAAUUCUUAGACACACUAGUUUAGGCUGUAUUUGAGAAUGCUGAGAAGUGUGCAGUGGACAUAUUUUUACUUACAAAUUUUCAUUUUUCGACAUGUUAUGUUUAUUUAUUUGACUUCUUUCUAAGGAUAAGUUGAAAAUGUAUAUAACUGUGUUGAGCCAACUAAAAGGGCAAUGCCUGCUCUCAAUUUCGUUAA